AUGGACUCCACCACGGCCACGGCAGAGCUGGGCUGGAUUGUGCAUCCACCAUCAGGGUGGGAAGAGGUGAGUGGCUACGACGAGAACAUGAACACGAUCCGCACGUACCAGGUGUGCAAUGUGUUUGAGUCCAGCCAGAACAACUGGCUGCGGACCAAGUUCAUCCGGCGCCGUGGUGCACACCGCAUCCACGUGGAGAUGAAGUUCUCCGUGCGGGACUGCAGCAGCAUCCCCAGCGUGCCAGGCUCCUGCAAGGAGACCUUCAACCUCUAUUACUAUGAGAACGACUUCGACUCGGCCACCAAGACCUUCCCCAACUGGAUGGAGAACCCGUGGGUGAAGGUGGACACCAUCGCGGCCGACGAGAGCUUCUCCCAGGUGGACCUGGGCGGUCGGGUCAUGAAGAUCAACACCGAGGUGCGGAGCUUCGGGCCGGUGUCCCGCAACGGCUUCUACCUGGCCUUCCAGGACUACGGUGGCUGCAUGUCCCUCAUCGCUGUGCGUGUCUUCUACCGCAAGUGCCCCCGCGUCAUCCAGAAUGGCGCCGUCUUCCAGGAGACACUGUCGGGGGCCGAGAGCACGUCGCUGGUGGCCGCCCGGGGCAGCUGCAUCGCCAACGCUGAGGAGGUGGACGUGCCCAUCAAGCUCUACUGCAACGGGGACGGCGAGUGGCUGGUGCCCAUCGGGCGCUGCAUGUGCAAAGCCGGUUUCGAGGCCGUGGAGAAUGGCACCGUCUGCCGAGGUUGUCCAUCUGGAACCUUCAAGGCUAACCAAGGGGAUGAGGCCUGCACCCACUGUCCCAUCAACAGCCGGACCACUUCAGAAGGGGCCACCAACUGUGUCUGCCGCAAUGGCUACUACAGAGCAGACCUGGACCCCCUGGACAUGCCCUGCACAACCAUCCCCUCCGCCCCCCAGGCAGUGAUCUCCAGCGUCAACGAGACCUCGCUCAUGCUAGAGUGGACCCCGCCCCGGGACUCGGGGGGCCGCGAGGACCUGGUUUAUAACAUCAUCUGCAAGAGCUGUGGCUCCGGCCGGGGGGCCUGCACCCGCUGUGGGGACAACGUGCAGUACGCACCCCGCCAGCUGGGCCUGACGGAGCCCCGCAUUUACAUCAGCGACCUGCUGGCCCACACCCAGUACACCUUCGAGAUCCAGGCCGUGAACGGCGUCACCGACCAGAGCCCCUUCUCGCCUCAGUUCGCCUCUGUGAACAUCACCACCAACCAAGCAGCCCCAUCGGCCGUGUCCAUCAUGCACCAGGUGAGCCGCACCGUAGACAGCAUCACCCUGUCGUGGUCACAGCCCGACCAGCCCAACGGUGUCAUCCUGGACUACGAGCUUCAGUACUAUGAGAAGGUGCGGGCUCGCACCGUGGCGGGCUACGGGCGCUACAGCGGCAAGAUGUACUUCCAGACCAUGACGGAAGACGAGUACAAGACAAGCAUCCAGGAGAAGCUGCCUCUCAUCAUCGGCUCCUCGGUGGCCGGCCUGGUCUUCCUCAUCGCCGUGGUCGUCAUCGCUAUCGUGUGUAACAGACGGGGCUUUGAGCGCGCGGACUCGGAGUACACGGACAAGCUGCAGCACUACACCAGCGGCCACAUGACCCCAGGCAUGAAGAUCUACAUCGACCCUUUCACCUAUGAGGACCCCAACGAGGCAGUGCGGGAGUUUGCCAAGGAAAUUGACAUUUCCUGUGUCAAAAUUGAGCAGGUGAUCGGAGCAGGGGAGUUUGGUGAGGUUUGCAGCGGCCACCUGAAACUGCCAGGCAAGAGAGAGAUCUUCGUGGCCAUCAAGACACUCAAGUCGGGCUACACAGAGAAGCAGCGCCGGGACUUCCUGAGUGAGGCCUCCAUCAUGGGCCAGUUUGACCACCCCAAUGUCAUCCACCUUGAGGGUGUUGUCACCAAGAGCACACCUGUGAUGAUCAUCACUGAGUUCAUGGAGAACGGCUCGCUGGACUCUUUCCUCCGGCAAAAUGACGGGCAAUUCACUGUCAUCCAGCUGGUGGGCAUGCUCCGGGGCAUCGCAGCUGGCAUGAAGUACCUGGCAGACAUGAACUAUGUCCACCGAGACCUGGCUGCCCGCAACAUCCUGGUCAACAGCAACCUCGUCUGCAAAGUGUCUGACUUUGGGCUCUCACGUUUUCUGGAGGAUGACACCUCAGACCCCACCUACACCAGCGCCCUGGGUGGGAAGAUCCCCAUCCGCUGGACGGCCCCAGAAGCCAUCCAGUACCGGAAGUUCACCUCGGCCAGCGACGUGUGGAGCUAUGGCAUCGUCAUGUGGGAGGUGAUGUCUUAUGGGGAGCGACCCUACUGGGACAUGACCAACCAGGACGUAAUCAACGCCAUAGAGCAGGACUACCGGCUGCCGCCCCCCAUGGACUGCCCGAGCGCCCUGCACCAGCUCAUGCUGGACUGCUGGCAGAAGGACCGCAACCACCGGCCCAAGUUCGGUCAGAUCGUCAACACGCUCGACAAGAUGAUCCGAAACCCCAACAGCCUCAAAGCCAUGGCGCCCCUCUCCUCGGGAAUCAACCUGCCGCUGCUGGACCGCACGAUCCCCGACUAUACCAGCUUUAACACGGUAGACGAGUGGCUGGAGGCCAUCAAGAUGGGACAGUACAAGGAGAGCUUCGCCAACGCCGGCUUCACCUCCUUCGACGUUGUGUCACAGAUGAUGAUGGAGGACAUUCUCCGGGUUGGGGUCACUUUGGCUGGCCACCAGAAAAAAAUCCUGAACAGUAUCCAGGUGAUGCGGGCACAGAUGAACCAGAUCCAGUCUGUGGAGGUUUGACCUUCACCUGCCUCGGCUCACCUCCUUCUCCAGGACCACCCCCUCCGCCCCCAUCCACCCUGGUUCUCCGUCCACCGCAGGGUCGGCCACCUGCCAGGAGGCCACCUGCCAGGAGGCCACGGGCAACAGGAAGAACCAAGCCUCGCUCUAGUCGAGAGAUGUUACCAACACCACGUGCAACACAGAUCACAGAAAAAAGGGAAUGGGACAAAAGAAAUCGGCCCCCCGGGAGGGCGGGAACCACAGGACUCCUUUUCAAAGAGGAUUCUCAUAGGAAAGCGGUCUUUGUUCCUGGGGAAAAGAAGGGCUUGGGAGAUCCAUGUGCUUCGUCCAAGAGGACACCCACAGCAGCUUUUCUCCAACUUCCUCUGGGACCGUGACCUGGCCAGAGCCAAGAAAACACUUUCAGGAAAACAAAUGUGAAGGGGAGAGACGCCCUUUUCUUCUGUCCUCACGCCGCUCUUCCAGGCCGCGCUCCACAGCCACGUGCAAGGCCCACGGAGCGGCCCCACCCGCGGGACCCUCGGCCACCUGGGAAGAUUGGCGCCUGGUGCCACAGGGCAAGCGGAAGAAUUUUUCUAUCUUUGAUGACUAUUUUGGACAUGGACACUUCGACGAAAGAGACCUGUUUCUCCUGUCAGCUCAGGGGGCUGAACGGGAGCUUUGGUCCUCCUGGGUCAGGGAGACCGUGGGACACACAAGGUCAGCGGCCUGAGCCUGGCCGCCCCGGUCUGCAGCUCCGCGUUGGAUGGCGCAUGCGUCUGCUCCCACCAGCCCCCACCCAGAGGACGGAUCCGCAGUCACUGCCACCAGCUUCGACUGCCAUCGAUCCUGCAUCUGGGUGUGUUUACAGCGAUUCGUGGGUUCGGGGGUAUUUUGGUCAGGGGUGGAUUCAGUUUGGGGGGUUUGUUGUUUGUUUUUUUUUUAAGACAAUGAAGUGACACUUUGACAUUUCCUACCUUUUGAGGACUUGAUCCUUCUCCAGGAAGAAGGUGCUUUCUGCUUACUGACUUAGGCAAUACACCAAGGGCGAGAUUUUAUAUGCACAUUUCUGGAUUUUUUUAUAUGGUUUUCCUUGACACCCCUCCCUCCUCCCCCUGCCUAGAGCUCCCACCUGCUGCCAGGCCUCACCAAAGCCAGCUGCCACGGGGCCAUCUGGGCCAUUCAAAGACUGGGUGAGAUCUGGGCGGAGGGUAGGGGCUGGUAGAGGAGCUCCCACCCAGGACUGCUGGUGAAGGCAACAGAUUGCAGAGGUGGGCUCCGAGGCUACAGAGCCACUGAGCUUGGCCACUUCUCCACUCUCCUUCUAUCCUGAUGUAUCCAGAACUUUCCAGGCAAAAAGGCCCCUCCGAGAUUCCCGCGUGCCCUCAGAUAACCAGAACCCAGUUUUGCCUCAGCCUGCACCCCGCUGCAGCAGAGGCCAGGACCCAGAUCAUUCACUGUGAUACCCCAGCCUGCCAGAGCACCACCCUCCGAGACCAGGCACGUACCUCCCCUCUCCCGGGAGGGAAGAGGCGUGUGGUUUCUCUCCCACCUCGUUGCUUCCACCAGACCUUGGCCCAGGUGUGAAGAUCCCGAUCGUGAGGGAACCUCCAACCAGCGGGUCUGGCCGCAGACACCCCGUAUGAGCAGAGGCAGGCACCUGAGUGCAACGUCACUAGCGCACCGAAUGGAAAUAAAUGUGUUAGUUAUAAAACCACCCUGUCUCUGGAAGUUCCACGGGAGACCCUGAUACCGGAGACAUGUCAAGGCUAUUGAUGCUCUUCUAAGCAAAUCUUCCUUCCUCAGGUUUCUAGAA